CGGGGGACCGGAAGUUGUGGUCCGGCGGUGCCCACCUCGGCUCCGCAGCCCGAGAGCGCGGCCGCCACCGCCACCGCCACCAUGGGCGGGAAGAACAAGCAGCGGACCAAGGGGAACCUGAGGCCUUCGAACAGCGGCCGAGCUGCAGAGCUUCUUGCCAAAGAACAGGGAACAGUGCCUGGAUUUAUUGGUUUUGGGACAUAUCACAGUGACCUCGGCUAUGUUCCUGCUAUUCAAGGAGCUGAAGACAUAGACAGCCUCGUGGACUCUGAUUUCCGAAUGGUGCUGAGGAAACUUUCCAAGAAAGAUGUCACAACCAAACUCAAGGCAAUGCAAGAGUUUGGAACUAUGUGCACAGAAAGAGACACAGAAGCUGUAAAAGGGGUCCUCCCGUACUGGCCAAGAAUCUUCUGCAAAAUUUCCCUUGACCAUGAUCGCCGGGUUCGAGAGGCUACACAGCAAGCUUUUGAAAAACUUAUCGUUAAAGUAAAGAAGCACUUGGCUCCAUAUCUGAAAAGUGUAAUGGGAUAUUGGCUGAUGGCUCAGUGUGAUACAUACCCCCCAGCAGCAACUGCAGCCAAAGAUGCAUUUGAAGCUGCUUUCCCUCCAAGCAAGCAACCUGAAGCCAUAGCGUUUUGUAAGGAAGAAAUUACAAGUGUACUGCAGGAUCACCUUCUAAAAGAAACUCCUGAUACACUCAGUGACCCCCAAACUGUUCCAGAGGAAGAGAGAGAGGCUAAAUUCCAUCGAGUUGUAACGUGCUCCCUAUUGGCGCUAAAGAAACUGCUUUGCUUCUUGCCUAACAAUGAGCUCGAUUCCCUGGAAGAGAAAUUUAAGUCACUUUUAUCACAGAAUAAGUUUUGGAAGUAUGGAAAACACAGUGUACCUCAGAUCCGCUCAGCAUAUUUCGAGUUAGUUUCUGCUUUGUGCCAACAUGUUCCCCAGGUGAUGAAAGAGGAAGCUUCCAAAGUGAGCCCUUCUGUCCUGCUUAGUAUUGAUGACAGUGACCCUGUGGUCUGCCCAGCUCUCUGGGAAGCUGUGCUCUACACACUGACAACUAUUGAGGAUUGUUGGAUUCAUGUAAAUGCCAAAAAGAGUGUAUUUCCCAAGCUGACGGCUGUGGUUCGUGAAGGUGGCCGGGGUCUUGCUGCUGUCAUUUGUCCUUACCUCUUACCGUUCAUCAGUAGACUCCCUCAGUCCAUUACGGAGCCAAAGCUGGAGUUCUUCAAAAAUUUUCUCACCUCUCUAAUUACCGGGCUGUCAACAGAGAGAACCAAAACAAGCUUUUCCGAGUCCUCGGCCGUCAUCUCUGCGUUCUUUGAAUGCUUACGGUUUAUAAUGCAGCAGAACUUAGGCGAGGAGGAGAUGGAGCAGAUGCUUGUCAAUGAGCAGUUGAUUCCAUUUAUUGAUACCGUUCUCAAAGAUCCAGGAUUGCAACAUGUGCCUCUAUUUAACCAUUUAGCAGAAACACUAAGUUCUUGGGAAGCCAAAACCGAUGCAGAAAAAGAUGCUGAAACCGUUUACAGUUUGGAGAAUGUUCUGCUAAAUUUCUGGGAAAGACUGUCAGAGAUCUGUGUUGAGAAAAUCAGUGAGCCGGAAGCAGAUGUGAAGUCUGUAUUGAGUGUGUCUAACCUAGUAGGGGUACUUCAGAAGCCAAAGAGUUCAUUGAAGUCAAGUAGAAAGAAAAAUGGUAAGGUCAGGUUUGCCAGCCAGGCAUCUGAAGCUAAGAAGGAGGAUGAGAAGUGCGCAUCUUCAGAAGGAGAGAACGGCGAAGGCUCUGAAGGAGCUACGGAGUCUUCUCUCCUUCAGAGUUCCUUAGACCUUGUGUCUCCCUUAAGGAAAAAACCCCUGGAAGACUUAGUCUGCAAACUUGCAGAGGUGAGCAUUAACUUUGUCAACGAGCAGAAGUCAGAGCAGCACCUGCAGUUUCUCUCCACGCUGCUGGACUCCUUCUCCUCAGGCCAAGUAUUUAACGUCCUCCUUGGUGACGAACAGAAGAACGUCGUCAAAGCCAAGCCUCUGGAGGUAGGCAGACUCGCUCAAGAAAACCCUGCAGUGCAGUUCUUGUAUCAUAAACUGGUAGGCUGGCUAAACAACAGCCAGAAGAAGGACGGGGGCUUCCUGGUGGACAUCUUGUACAGCGCCCUCCGAUGCUGCGCCAGUGACAUUGAAAGGAAAGACGUCUUGGAUGAUCUAACCAAGGAGGACCUGAGAUGGAGUUCUCUUCUUCAAGUCAUUGAAAAGGCAUGUUCUAGUUCAGAUAAACAUGCUUUAGUAACUCCUUGGCUAAAAGGCAGUAUUCUUGGAGAGAAACUGGUUGCCUUGGCAGACUGUCUCUGUGGUCAGGAUUCGAAGCCCUCAUCUUCAGAACCCCACUCCUCAGAACAGUGGAAUCUGCUAAGACUAGCAUUGUCACAGCAUGUUAAAAACGAUUACUUGAUUGGAGAAGUAUAUGUUGGAAGAAUUAUUGUUAAACUUCAUGAAACUUUAUCCAAAACAAAGGACUUAUCAGAAGCUGAAAAUAGUGACUCUUUGAUGUCUUUUGUCUGUGAUGUGGCCUAUAGCUAUUUCAGCUCAACAGGAGGCUUGCUAAUGCCAUCAUCUGAAGAUCUGUUAUUCACUCUCUUUCAGCUGUGCGCUCAGAGCAAAGAACGAACACACUUGCCAGAUUUUCUGAUCUGUAAACUGAAAAAUACUUUGCUCUCUGGCAUAAAUCUAUUGGUCCAUCAAACUGCAAGCACACAUGAGCAGAGUGCUUUCCUCCGUUUGUCUGUCCUGUGGCUGAAGGACCAGGUUCAGUCUUCAGCUUUGGAUAACACGAGUCUUCAGGUCCUCUUGGCUGCUGUUGGUGACCUGCUGAAUACUCUUGUAGCGAGCAGGGAUACUUCUCUUCUUGGAGUCUAUAUUGGAGGUGUAAUGCCCAGUGACAGUGAGUGGGAGAAAAUGAGGCGGUCUCUUCCUAGUCAGUGGCUACACAGACCUCUUUUAGAGGGAAGAUUGAGUUUAAAUUAUGAAUGCUUCAAGACUGACUUUAAGGAACAGGAUACACAGACUCUUCCCAGUCAUCUGUGCACGUCAUCACUAUUGAGCAAAAUGAUCUUGAUUGCUCGUAAAAAGAAAAUAGUCCUAGAAAACAAUGUCCUUGAGAAAAUAAUUGCAGAGCUGCUGUAUUCACUGCAGUGGUGUGAAGAACUUGACAAUCCACCAUCUUUUCUGACUGGAUUUUGUGCAAUGCUUCAAACAAUGAAUAUAACGUAUGACAACUUAUCUGUGCUUGGUAACACGUCCAGCCUCUUGCAGCUGUUGUUUAACAGAUCUAGAAAAAAUGGUACACUUUGGUCUCUUAUUAUUGCUAAGUUGAUACUUUCCCGAAGCAUUUCAUCUGACGAAGUAAAACCAUAUUAUAAAAGGAAAGAAAGUUUCUUCCCUCUAACAGAAGGUAAUUUGCAUACCAUCCAGAGUCUCUGUCCAUUUUUGUCUAAAGAAGAAAAGAAAGAAUUUAGUGCUCAAUGUAUACCUGCUUUUUUGGGAUGGACUAAAGAAGACCUUUGCAGCAUUAAUGGGGCUUUUGGACAUCUUGCCAUUUUCAAUUCUUGCCUGCAAACCAGAAGUGUAGAUGACAAACAGCUCUUGCAUGGUAUAUUAAAAAUUAUAAUAAGCUGGAAGGAACAGCAUGAAGACAUUUUUCUUUUCAGUUGUAAUCUAUCAGAAGCAAGUCCGGAAGUCCUUGGUAUAAACAUAGAAAUCAUGCGCUUCCUUUCCUUGUUUCUGAAAUACUGCUCACACCCUCUAGCAGAGAGUGAAUGGGACUUCAUCAUGUGCUCCAUGUUGGCUUGGCUGGAGACGACCAGUGAGAAUCAGGCAUUGUAUUCUGUUCCACUUGUGCAACUGUUUGCCUGUGUCAGCUUUGAUCUGGCCUGUGAUCUCAGUGCCUUUUUUGACUCAGUAACUCCAGAUACUGUUGGCAAUCUUCCUGUAAAUCUAAUCAGCGAGUGGAAAGAAUUUUUUUCUAAAGGCAUCCACAGUUUGCUUUUACCUCUUUUGGUGACUGCUGUAGGAGAGAACAAAGACCUGUCUGAAACGUCCUUUCAGAACGCAAUGCUGAAGCCCAUGUGUGAAACACUAACAUACAUCUCAAAGGACCAGCUGCUGAGUCACAAACUCCCUGUGAAGUUGGUGGCCGGCCAGAAGACAAACCUGCCAGAGCACCUCCAGACCUUGCUCAAUACUUUGACCCCACUGCUUCUCUUCAGAGCCAGACCUGUGCAAAUUGCUGCUUAUCACAUGCUCUACAAAUUGAUGCCUGAAUUCCCGCAGUAUGACCAGGAUAAUCUGAAGUCAUAUGGAGAUGAAGAGGAAGAACCUUCCUUGUCACCGCCAGCAGCACUGAUGUCUCUUCUUAGCACUCAAGAGGACCUUCUGGAGAACGUCCUGGGCUGUGUUCCUGUGGGGCAGAUCGUUACCGUUAAGCCGCUGAGCGAGGAUUUCUGCUAUGUUCUGGGGUACCUCCUUACGUGGAAACUAAUUCUUACUUUCUUCAAAGCUGCUUCAUCUCAGCUUCGUGCUCUAUAUUCAAUGUACCUUAGGAAAACAAAGAGUUUGAAUAAAUUACUCUAUCAUCUGUUCAGACUUAUGCCAGAGAAUCCUACUUAUGGAGAGACAGCUAUUGAGGUAUCAAAUAAGGACCCCAAAACAUUCUUCACUGAGGAACUUCAGCUGAGUAUUAGAGGAACAGCAACUCUCCCGUACCACAUCCCACACCUGGCGUGCUCAGUCUACCAUAUGACUCUAAAAGACCUGCCUGCCAUGGUUAGGCUCUGGUGGAAUAGCAGUGAGAAGCGGGUUUUCAAUAUUGUAGAUAGAUUCACAAGCAAGUAUGUCAGUAGUGUUCUUUCUUUUCAAGAAAUAUCUUCUGUACAAACAAGUACACAGCUAUUCAAUGGCAUGACGGUUAAAGCACGAGCUACUACUCGAGAAGUGAUGGCUACAUACACCAUCGAAGACAUAGUCAUUGAACUCAUAAUACAGCUGCCCUCCAACUAUCCAUUGGGUUCGAUAACAGUGGAAAGCGGGAAAAGAAUUGGGGUGGCUGUGCAGCAGUGGCGCAACUGGAUGCUGCAGUUAAGCACUUACCUCACGCACCAGAAUGGGAGCAUUAUGGAAGGCUUAGCACUGUGGAAGAACAAUGUGGACAAGCGUUUCGAGGGUGUUGAAGACUGUAUGAUCUGCUUCUCAGUCAUUCAUGGUUUCAACUACUCUCUCCCCAAAAAAGCCUGCAGAACAUGCAAGAAAAAGUUCCACUCAGCUUGCUUGUACAAAUGGUUUACAUCUAGCAACAAAUCUACUUGUCCACUCUGUCGUGAGACCUUUUUCUGAAGUUUUUUAAAUUGUAAGUUGUUCCUGCAAUAGGUGAAGCCAGAGGCCCUGGAUUUGGCUCCAUCAUGAAGAACUGACUUGAAGAAGCCAGUGAGCAUGACACAAUUGCCAUCUCUGCUCAUAUGACCUAAAAUCAGGCUCACUUCUUUCGAGAUUGCUUUGUAAAUCUUUUGAAACCUUUUUCUUUUACAAGAGAACAUUACAUAUUUGAGAGAAAAUAUUUAUAUUAAUAGUUUAGUCUCUUUGUAUAUUUAAAAAUAAAUAUAUCUCUUCUCAAAAAUACCUAAAUUAUAGAACUGAAAUUUGUGAAAGCAUUAGCUAUAUAAUAACUUAUAAAUCAUCAAGUUUGUUGGUCUGUGUUGUAGAACAGUCCAAGUGUAAAGGAAUUGAGAGCUGUUUUACAUCCAUAGAUAAAACUUAAGAUUUGUUUGUUAGUGAUGAUGGAGAAAAUUAAAAGUUACUCUGAUUUUCAUACUUAUUUUAAUGAUAAAGUGACACUAAGCUAUUUACAUCCAUAUCCAGAGCUGUUUGAAGAAUGCUCUGAAAUCUCACAUGGAAGAAUGAACUGAACUCUAAGGGGCUUUGUCAAGAAUUAUGAAAUUUAUAAAUUAUAUCCACGACAUUGACCUUUUGUUUGUGAAAGAAUUAUUUCCGUAUGUUAAUGAGAUUUGAAUUGUAAAUUUGUGAAUGGAGUUGUUAGUUUAGUAAGUCUCCAGAGAGUAGGAAUUUAGGUAAGCAGCUAUUUGAUUAUUUGUGAAGUAAAAUGGUAGCUGAAUAUCAAGAAAGGAACAGAUAAGUAUGCUUUCUAAAGCAUGGUAUCUGCAAAAACCAGUAUUUCAAAAUACUGAAAGAGACUUUAAAUUUUGUAGCAAAUUUCGCUAUCCUUUCUGGCCAUCAUUACACCAAAUCAGGAAUUUGGGGACUAAUUAUUUAAAACAAUAAGAAAGGAAGGAUUUAGUACUAAAUAAUAUUAAGUCUUUAGUUUUUUGUUUUGUUUUGAGACAGGAGUUCACUAUGUAGCUCUGGGCAGGCCUGGAACUCAAAGAUCUGCCUGCCUCUGCCUCCCAAACUCUGGGAUUAAAGGUGAGUGCCGCCAAGCCGGAUGAAAUGAAGUCUUAGUGGAUUGAAGUGUGUAAACAAGUAAAAAAAACUGCCUUGGCUACAGCACCAUUGCCUUUAAAACCUGCAUCCAAAGUAUGAGGUAUGGAAGUUCAGAAUUUAGACUAAUUUUAUCACAGUCUUCCAUUUAGUAUCUAGCAGUUAGGACACCUAAAAGGUCAGUUCAUCUCUGCAAAUGUUUAAUUAGAAGGGUGCAACUCAUGUCAAAUAAAAUUACUGCUUACCAUCAAUUGGUCAACAUGACUGUUAUUGAAAUAGUAUAAAUUUGGUCAGGAUUGCAAUCCAGAGAACUAUGGGCUACAGAUGCAGCAUUGGGUUGUCUGUCUCCUGAUUUUUUCUGUUUAGUAUUUAUCAUCUUACAGUCUUGAGGUUCGGAGACGGAGUGAAGUGUAGAUAUCAAAAUCUACUACCUCUUCUUAACCCUUCAAACAUUCUCUUACCUUUCUACGUCUGCCUCCGACACAAGAAUCUCAAGGAUUGUGUAACAGCCCUGUGAAAAUUAUUCUUUUUAAAGUGGCUUUACAAUAAAAUUUUCUUUAUAACCCUUCCAGUAUUGGUUCUUCUUGACUUCUGACCCAAAGUUCAAGUAGAAGAGAGACAGGGCAGCAGGUUAGGCGGGAGGAACUCUGAAUACAUCCUGUACGAUUUGUGUGGAGAGUUGUCAGCUCAGCACUGCCUCGACACUAAAGGAAGCUUUCCAGAAGCAAGACUGAAACCCAGGUUUCUGCACUCAGGUUUCACUCCUUUAGCUGUAAUGACACUCACAGACAGGACACCAGCCUUGAAAGUUUUACAAUGACAAGAUCUUAAAAUUGCCUAAGUAUCAAAGCCCCACUACAAAUUUACUUAAAACCCCAAACUAAAUAGCAAUUUUUAUAAUUUAUUUUUAAUUCUUAUUUUUCUCAUGUAUAUACAUUUCUGUGGUUUGAAUGUUAACACAUGGCAAAUUUUUAUGGUGUGAAUAAUUGUUAUUUGAUUAUUAUGUUAAUAAAUUCUUUCAA